UGAGCAUAUGAAAAAUUGGGAUUAAAAAAAAGAAAACUAUAAAACGCAUUAUUAUUAUACUCAAUACGAAAAAAGAAAAAGAAAAGAAAAGAAUGGAUCUAGAAUCGGUGAAAAGGUAUCUUGAAGGAGAUGAAGACGAAAAGGCAAAGGAAUCAAAAGUGGCGAAAUUGCCACACAGAUUCCUCGAGCGAUUCGUAACCAAUGGUCUAAAAGUGGAUCUCAUCGAACCUGGUCGUAUCGUCUGCUCCAUGAAAAUCCCUCCUCAUCUCCUGAACGCAGGGAAUUUCUUACACGGAGGAGCAACGGCGACUCUGGUGGAUUUGAUAGGAUCAGCAGUGAUUUACACAGCCGGAGUUUCACAUUCCGGAGUUUCUGUGGAGAUCAAUGUUUCAUACCUUGAUGCUGCUUUUCUCGAUGAAGAGAUAGAGAUCGAAUCAAAGGCAUUGCGUGUUGGAAAAGCUGUAGCAGUAGUGAGUGUUGAGCUCAGGAAGAAGAAGACUGCUAAGAUCAUUGCUCAAGGUCGUCAUACUAAGUACUUUGCUCCUCGUUCCAACAUUUGAUCCAAACCUUCUUCAUUCCAGUACAAAUAAAAAACAACAAUUGCCUUUAGGUCUUUUGUUUACUCGAUCAUGAUUUGGCUGAUUAGCAAUUUUGUCCAAGCAUUUUCUUAUCAUUGCUGAUAAAAAUCCAUUACUAUUUGUUUUGUUCUUUUUCUAAUAAUACAAACAAGUUUACAUGUCUUUUUUUUUUUGGCUUCUCUCUUACUGUGAUUAUGAUGAUCAUUUGAAGAUAUCCAUUUGUUUAGUAA